UGGCUCUGAGGGACGUGGAUAGCGGGCAGUGCUGGCGCUGGGUGCCUGGCUCAGACGGGUGGUCUUAAGGGUCUCUUCCUGCUUUAACGAUUCUGUGAUUUUAUGAAAUAUUCCAAGGGAGCAAUCAGAGGGUGGUUAGAGGACAAGGAGCCUUUUAUCUCAAGUGCUCUUUUAAGCCAAGUUGCUGUGCUUUUAUCACUAAUGAGCUGUGGCUUGUGUGCAGUCAUAUCUAGGUCUGGGCCUGGCUUGUGGCUGGGUUUACCACAAAGUCUGUGUGCCCUGGGUUGAAAGUAGCAUCAGCUAGUUUCAUUUUUGAUUUUCGUUAAUGAAUUUCUGUGGUUUCUAUUAUCUCUUGGUCUCUGUUGCUCAGCCUGCUUGCCUUGAAAUAAGGCAGGAAAAGCAGCACGGAGGAAGACUGUAGAUUUAGUUCAGAGACAGAGCAAUAGUGAGUCAGGCUUCAGUCUUCUGCAACGAGCUCGAAGGAAGCACCUUUGUGUCCAGUUAGGGAUUGCAGUAUGACUUUUCUAGAUGGGGUUUGCAUAUGUUUGCAGAGCCACAAUGAUGUUCUUCUAGCGCAUGUUCUUUGAGACUUCAGUCCCCAGGACUGCCAGUCUGGUAACUGGUGGUAUAAGGACUAUGUGUCACAGAGCUUAAAAUGGAGCAAUAAAAAAGCAUGGCUUCUGAUGCAUCUCUGGAAGAAUCCAUUUUUUCAUGACAGGGCCACUUCUUUCAAAUUACUGCCUGUGUUGUUUUGCAUGCCUUUAAGUCUAACCAGGGUAAGAUUACUUGGCAGACUCACUGAGUUGGUGCAAAAAGUGAAAAAGGUACAAUAGAAUAUCUCAGUAUCUAGGAAAACGGCAGUUCUUUGAGGUACAUUUAAGUUACUGCACAAAGUUAUUGCAGAGAUUCAGCUGUCAGCAAAAGGGGCACUUUACAAAUGGUGCUUCUUGUUGUUAUGUGAAUGGGGAAAUAAAAGAUGUCAGAAACUUCAACAAACGAGAGCAUGGGUUUAAUUUUUGUUUUUCUUCAGAUGUUUUUUCCUUGUUCUGCUCCUCACAGCUCUUAAUUGCUGUUAAUGAUGACUGGUGGCUUAUCUGAAAAGAUACCCCACUCUUGCCUGACUAAGUACUGUUUUGUAUGAAAGAAAAUCUGAAGUGAUGAUGUAUGAGGAGAGAUACAGUGCUGUUAAAACAAGAGGAAUAUGAACAAUAUAGAAAUGCAGCAAUUAGUUACUAAAGGGAAGCUGAAAACAAUUUUUUUUUUUUUGUAUCUCAUAUGUAGUUCUUCCUGCCGUAGACACUUCUGAAAGGAAAAAGUUGUUUUUUAUCUCUACUUUGACUGAAAGAAAUACUGACAAAGUGCACGCUGAAGGAAAAGCUGCAUUCCACUAUAAAAUAGUGAUGAUGUUUCCAUAAAGGUUCAACCCCUCUCUGAGGAAGCAAUCUGCCCGUCAGAAAUCCUGUGAGGUGGGAGUGGGUGUAUCUCCAGGAACGCAUGGUGAAUCUGUAGAGAGAAUGUGGAUGUAUGCCUAAGCCUGGUGAUUGUUGUUGUCUUUUACAAACCCAGACAAAUAGUACUGCUACUUUUGUAUCUGGGGGCAAGGCCAAGUGCACGUAAAACUUUAUUUAGAAUUUGGGAAAUAGGACACUCACAUCAGUGAAGAAAUAGUCCUCAGGAAUUUGAAUCCCUUUCAAAGCAAGGGCUGUUAAGCACUCUUUUUUUCCCCCCUGUAAACCUUUCCUUCAAAAAUUGCUGAGGGGCCCAAUUCUAGUUGGAAUUCUUCAAUCUUGUCAUACCUUCGAGCAUGACCAACCUUUCUGAUGUCUUAUUUUCCACAAGUGGAGUGAAUUUCGUGCAGAGGUGUUCUGGAGGAUGAUAAUUCUCCAUUUGUAGUUAUAGGGUAGUGAAAUAGCCAUGGAUAUUUCCAAACCUGCUUGGAAAAUGGCUUGGGAGGACAUAAGGGCAUGAAAUAGGGCAGUCAUAAUGUGGUCAGUGUGGGGCUGAAUCCUCAAUGCUCUUGUUAUUUACUUAGCAUAUGUUUUUAAUACUACAUGCAGAUUGGGUAGUGACCUGUUGUUUUAAAGGCUGUAGAUUUUCUUACGUGAGGCUUAGAGCAAACAAUGUAUCCUGUUGGGAUAUUUUUGAGUAGAAGAAAACACAAUGCUUGCUGUGUUCAGACCUGCAACUGUCAGAGGUUUCCUGUUCCUGAUUAGUCUUGGCCUGUUCUUGUGUCAAAUCAGAUAUACUGUAACUCCUAUCUGUCUUGGCUCUUCUGUUGCUCUCCAGUUUCCACUCUGAUGUGGAGAUAGGCGCUCAGAACAAAGCUGCUGGAGAGCUGCACGGGCUUUUGGGAUUGUUAGACUGAUCUUUUGAUCCUUAUUCAACUUCUUAGUAGAACGUUGAUUCUUGAAAGAGUGUGCAGUUGAAGCACUCUUAUGUUUUUAAUAUACUGCAGUAAAAUUAAAAUAGCUGGAAGCUUCUUAUAAUAGUGAAAUGAAAGGAUUUUGGUUUGCCUGAGUCAGAGUUCAAAGCUGCAUCUUAUAGUGUGAACUCUACACUGCAGCUGUCAUAAUGGGAGGAGCUGUGCUCUCUCUUAAGUAACCAGUGUUCCGAAUGGUUCAAUUUAAGCUCUGUAUUUCAACUUUGAAAUAGUGCUUAUCAGUCUUGGUCCACUGAUAACGAAGUAUGACUCUCUGAAGUGUCCAAUUGUAGAGGAGCACUUCAGAACAACCCUGUGAGAAAGUGAGAUCUUGCUAUCUCAUUUAAUGUCUGGGGAACUAAGGUGUGGGGUAGGCUUAAAGUUAAGUAGACAGUCUGGGAGAGUCAGCAGGUAAGUGUUGUCGCCUGUGUGCUGGCCUUCCUUGCUGAGAUCAAGGGAUGCUGUCUUCGGAAGAUAUUGAUCUAAUAUGUAUUUAUAAGAAGCUUCUUAGAUUCCAUCCAGACAAUGUUGUUCUGUGUUGAAGCUGCUGCUCUCAGGCUUCUGAUUUCCUUCUUUAUCUCCAGCUCCGAUCAGGAGCAGUACGUUUUGUUUAAAGAUUAUCUCAGCUGAGGUACUCCUGGGUUGGAUGAAGGGACAUUUGUCUUCGCAGACUGCCGAUCUUAUACCAAUAUCUAGAAGCACUUUGCACUGGUGACUGCUGGUACCCUACACUGAAAUUCUGAUAGGAAUGGAGACACUGUGGACAACCUCUGCAUUUCUGUUUGGUUCCCUUAGAAUAAUAAAUUGGACCAUAACAGAGGAGUGUGCAGUCUUUGAAUUUAUAUGUGCUGUGGGCCACUUCCUGACUGGAUCCCUUAGAUGUUCCUACAGUGCCUCCAACAUGACUUUUUUGCCUUGUUAAUAUCCUAUAGCAGUGAGUUCCACAGUGUCGUGAAAGCGAUGCAGCUUCUGUUGUUUCUACCUUUGCUCUGCACUCUGUAGUUUGCUGAAGCCAUGGAUUUAACCAUUGACUAAUGAUUAUCUGGUAUACCAGUCCUUACCAGAGCAGAGCAAAAUCACCUGCAAGUAGCUGUGUGCCUGAAGUGCUUGGUGGUGGUGUGAUGUGGGGGGAUUUUAGUGGGUGCAUGCAGAAUGCCGUGGUGGUUGUUUAAUGCAGGUUGACAGGAACUAGUUUAAGCAGUAAACAGUCUGGCAGAGCAGAGCUCAAAACCUGCCCAGCAGCUGGAAAACUGCAGAAAUAGGUAAUUCUAUUUCUCCUGCUGUCUGGCCUUCUAAUGGUGCCUGAGCCCACUGGGGGAAGAGCUGUGUGCCUCUCCAUGUGUUGUGUGGUCAUGUAGAACCAUUUCCUGCACUGCCAGCUCUUUGGGUGAGAGUAGUGACAUCUUAGGAUCAUUUUUAUCUCCUGCUGUAAUAGCUGUGCUGUCCUGCUCCUCUGAUUUCUCAGAUGGAGGAACAGAAGGUUCAGCCAGUAGAAGAACAGAUUCAUGAAUUUGUUUGGUUACCACAGUCUCAUUUCAAAAUGCACUCUAAAUGCUUCAUCUACUAGAGUUUACUACCUUAUCUUCUGUUCUUCUCAUCUUCCUCCUUUAUCUUCAGUCCCUAUUCCCACUGUACUUUUUUUCUUUUGUCCCAAUUUCACCUGGCUUUUCAUGUCUUAACUUAUUCCUGUCCUGUGCUUUACUUCUGAGAUGAGCAAAUACUGUCUACACACUGUAAUUUCUGUGUGCAUUUAAGUGGAUUGGCUCACACAAUUAUCUGUAAAGAGUUAGCAGCCAUCAAAGGGAAGUCCUUUUCCUGUUUUGUUUCCAUUGUUCAGCCAGACAGUUAAUAUUUCACUUACUAGUAAGGAGGUCUGGAAAGCAAGCAUUUGAAAGAAAGAUAACCUGCAGUGGGGAUCAGCACCCUACCUUUUUUUUAGGAAACUAGGAAUAAAUGAGACAUCACAUCAGUACACAGUAAACUAGGAGUGAAUGAGACUUCGCAUCACUGCAGAUAGCCCUGACCUGAUGUCUGGAUGGAGUGGUCUGUGAAGGGCCAUACUCAGUUAACUUACAUUCUGCUUUGGUCACUGUCUAUUUAUUGGAUGAAAGGUGGGCACUUCAGUGAUUUAUGAAUUGCCUUUAUCUCUCAGUAACACAGUUUAGAGUAUCUAAUAUUAAAAGUCAGGGAAAACCAGGUCCAGAGUAUCUGGGUAGGGUUUCAGCUGCUUGAAUAUGGCCUUGCAGUCUCAGCUGUUCUGCUCUUCAAGAACUUCACUGAGUGCAGUAUCUGAUCAGUGCUUAUAUCAGUCUCCUGAACUCCUCAGAAGUCACAUGCCUUUCUGCUAGCAUAAAAGCAAGUCAAGCCAUGAGGGUAGAACAAGGAGGGGCAAAGGUUGGUGACUAGCUCAGCAAGCAGCAGUAAGAAUGGGAUGGUGGCAGGUGGAGUGGGAGAGAUUGCUGGAGGAGUUGGAAGGUCAUACCUUUAAAACAAGACAAUGGACUGGGGAGCUCUGCAGACCAUCUUAGGAGGUGUAAAUAAACACUCCACCAGCAUUGGGAAGAUAUGGCUCACAGUCCUGUUCAUCUUCCGUAUCAUGAUCCUGGUUGUGGCUGCAGAGAGAGUCUGGGGAGAUGAACAAGAUGACUUUAUCUGCAACACUUUGCAACCUGGUUGCAAGAAUGUUUGCUAUGAUCACUUUUUCCCCAUCUCUCACAUCAGACUCUGGGCCCUGCAGCUGAUCUUCGUUUCUACCCCUGCGCUGCUGGUGGCCAUGCAUGUGGCUUACAGGAGGCACGAGAAGAAAAGGCAGUUCAGAAAGGGAGACCAGAAAUGCGAGUAUAAGGACAUUGAAGAGAUCAGAACCCAGAAGUUUCGUAUUGAGGGCACCCUGUGGUGGACGUACACUUGCAGCAUCUUCUUCAGAUUGGUCUUUGAAGCAGUCUUCAUGUAUGCAUUCUAUUUCAUGUAUGAUGGGUUCCGAAUGCCUCGCUUAAUGAAAUGUAGUGCUUGGCCCUGCCCCAACACAGUAGACUGCUUUGUUUCUCGACCUACUGAAAAGACAGUGUUCACUAUUUUCAUGAUUGCUGUGUCCAGCAUUUGCAUUCUUUUAAAUGUGGCUGAAUUAUGUUAUUUACUGACAAAAUUUUUUCUCAGAAGGUCUAGAAAAGCUGGAAAUCAGAAACACCACCCCAACCAUGAGAAUAAAGAAGAAACCAAACAAAAUGAAAUGAAUGAGUUAAUAUCUGAUAGCUGUCAGAACACAGUUAUAGGAUUCACAAGUAGCUAAGGUGGUGUCAGUGCUGGUAUUCACUCUGAAAAGGGUGAAUGUUCUUUGUCUAAUGGCUGCAAAUAAAAUUUGUUAUACUAAACAGCUUCUGUUGGGAAAGAUUUAGAUGUGUAGUGACAGGUGUCAGCUAUGCACCUGUUGAGGAAAAAAAAAAAAGGCAGCUUAAACAUUUGAAAGUUAUGAGGACUAAAUAGGAAAUUGUAUUUUCCUACAGAUAUCCUUACAAGGAUGCUCUGACAAAUGCACUAGUGCCUUUGUGUGGUUCCUUGAAAAUGCUAUGCAACAGCAAUAAGAACAAAAGUCUUUCCAAGCUAGAUGUGCUAAUGUUUCAAACUGUUUUGUAAUAAAGAUAGUUUUUGAUUGUGAACAGAAAAUUAAAGUAUUUUUGUAAAAUCUAAGAUUCCAUGUUACUUAAGGUGUUACAGUAAGCAACUGACUGCGCUUUGUUUAAGCAGGUAAUUGCAGAUGAACCCUGCGCUACCAUGUUCAUGGAGAGGAAAUAGCAGUAGGCCACAUCUUUACAGCUUUGCAAGCACUGCUUGAGUCUGGAUGAGUAACUUGAGGCACCUGCAUCUGCACUGCUGGCUGUGGGGCUGCAUGAAAUCCCCACCACAGGCAGUGUGGAAAACUGGGGUAGCUAGCUUCUGAGGGCAGUGCUGUGCCUAAAAGCAGCAUGGUGAUACAGGUGCAGUCCAAGUAGACCUGCUUUUGACAAAUAGCAGACCUGGUAUAAGUAUUCCUGUUAAUCUUUUCAUUGCAUGCUGCCAAUUUUAUAGGAACAUACAUAAUUUUAUGUAAAUACUCCACUUAGCACAUGUUUAUUUCUCUAACGCAUUUGCUGUAUUUGUUUCCUUAUGCUAUAUCACAUCAUUGAACCUUUUGCUUUUGUUAGCUAUUUUUUUUCUUAUGUGGUAGACUGGUGCUGUUAUGAAACUAGGGGCUCUUUGUUCUGGAAGACAUGGGAAAGUAUCUUAAACACUGGAAAUGGAGAAAGUCUUCUGAAUAAAAGGCGAACACUUUAAACUUUGACA